UCUCAUGACGCUUAUCUUAGAGAGAGACGGAAAGAGAAAAAAAGCGUUUUAUGAAAAAGAAAGAAAGAAAGAAAGAAGGGGAAGAAAAGAAAAAAAGAAUUGUCAGAUACGAAAAUAUCCGACAUUAAUUUUCUUUCCCAGCAAACCCCCCACCUCUCUUCCCUCCUUAGAUUUAUUAGCAGCAGAUCCAUCCAUCCAUAUUCGAUUAUCGAUACCCCCCCGUGUGCUUCCCCACCAUCCCCCUCCAUUAAUAUCACCAUCACACCUCUCUCUCUCUCUCUCUCUCUCUCCAUAACCCCCUCCUUCCCAUUUCUAUAUAUACCCACCACACCACCAAUAUAUAUACACUCAAAUACAUAGAUAUACAUAUAAACAAAUAUUCAUAUAUAUAUACUUGGAGAUAUCUCUCUAUCUAGCUAGUUAAAAUUCACCAUGGAGUUCCUUUUCUCAUUUCUAGUGGCUAUUUCUGUCCUUUCUAGCUUCAUUUUUGUUUUCCUUAGGAACUCUCGAUGCCGGAGGCUAAGGCUGCCUCCUGGAAAUCUCGGGUUGCCACUUAUAGGGGAGACUCUGCAGCUGAUCUCAGCCUACAAGACUGAGAAUCCCGAACCGUUCAUCGACGAGAGGGUGAACCGGUUCGGGCCCAUAUUCACCACCCACGUGUUCGGCGAGCCGACGGUGUUCUCGUCCGACCCGGAGACGAACCGGUUCAUCUUGCAGAACGAAGGGAAGCUGUUCGAGUGUAGCUACCCGAGCUCCAUAUCCAAUCUUUUGGGGAAGCACUCGUUGCUGCUCAUGAAAGGCAGCCUCCAUAAGCGAAUGCACUCUCUCACUAUGAGCUUCGCCAACUCUUCGAUUAUAAGAGACCAUCUGUUGGACGAUAUAGACCGGUUGAUCCGGCUCAAUAUGGAUUCCUGGACCGACCGGGUCUUUCUCAUGGAGGAGGCCAAGAAGAUAACUUUUGAGCUAGCAGUGAAGCAGCUAAUGAGCUUUGAUCCAGGUGAAUGGACCGAGGGUUUACGGAAAGAGUACGUCCUACUAAUUGAAGGCUUCUUCAGCGUUCCUUUGCCUCUCUUUUCCACCACCUACCGCAGGGCCAUUAAAGCUAGGACGAAGGUGGCAGAGGCAUUGAGGUUGAUAGUGAGGGAGAGGAGGGAAGAGAGUGAGGCAGGGGAGAGAAAAGAGGACAUGUUGGGUGCUCUUUUGGGUGGAGACAACGCAUUCUCCGACGAGGAGAUCGUGGAUUUCUUGCUUGCUUUGCUGGUCGCCGGCUACGAAACCACCUCAACAAUCAUGACACUUGCCGUCAAGUUCUUAACUGAGACACCACUGGCCCAGGCUCAACUCAAGGAGGAACAUGACCAAAUUAGGGCAAAAAAGAAGUCGUCAAAGACUCUGGAAUGGAGUGAUUACAAGUCAAUGCCAUUCACUCAAUGCGUUGUCAACGAGACAUUGCGGGUUGCAAACAUAAUUAGCGGGGUGUUUAGGCGGGCAAUGACAGACGUCCACAUCAAAGGCUAUACAAUUCCAAAAGGGUGGAAGGUUUUUGCAUCAUUUCGUGCUGUACAUCUAGACCAAGAUCAUUUCAAGGACGCUCGCACUUUUAAUCCGUGGAGGUGGCAGAACAAUUCAGGAGCAAGCACAAGCCCAGCAAAUGUGUUCACGCCAUUUGGAGGAGGGCCUAGGCUUUGCCCUGGUUAUGAGCUUGCUAGAGUAGAACUCUCAGUUUUCCUUCACCACUUAAUCACCCGUUUCAGUUGGGUUCCUGCCGAGGACGAUAAGUUGGUGUUCUUUCCAACCACAAGGACGCAGAAGAGGUACCCUAUCAAUGUGCAGCGCAGGAAUUAUGGGUCUGGGCCACCAUGUAAACAGUAACUCAGACAGUAAAUCUAGUGCAAGUGCUGUAAUAACCUUUGAUCUCCAGAGCAAUAAGAUGAAAUUAAUUAAUUAAUUAAUUGG